UGCUCCUGCGUUCUGCACGCUCCUGAAGUGGCGCACUGAAGUUGGCGUCUCUUUGCACCUGACCGUAUCCCGAACACAGACGACCAUGGCCGGGAAGAGAGCGCUGGUGAUUCUGGCCAAAGGUGCCGAGGAGAUGGAGACAGUUGUCCCGGUGGACAUCAUGCGAAGAGCCGGGAUUGCGGUGACUGUUGCGGGUCUGACGGGCAAAGAGCCGGUGCAGUGCAGCAGAAACGUCGUCAUAUGUCCCGAUGCCAGCCUGGAUGAAGCCAGCAAACAGGGGCCUUAUGAUGUGGUGCUUCUGCCUGGAGGAAUGCCAGGAGCUCAGCACCUGGCCGAGUCUCCUGCUGUGAAGGAGGUGCUGAAGGACCAGGAUGGGAGAAAAGGCCUGAUCGCAGCCAUCUGUGCAGGUCCCAUUGCUCUUCUGUCUCACGGCAUCGGCUACGGCAGCACCGUCACCACGCACCCCGGCGCCAAGGAGAAGAUGAUGGCAGGAGACCACUAUAAAUAUUCAGAGGCUCGAGUACAGAAGGAUGGACAUUACAUCACCAGCCGUGGGCCAGGAACCAGCUUCGAGUUCGCCCUGACGAUCGUAGAGGAACUGAUGGGGGCUGAGGUUGCAGCUCAAGUCAAGGCUCCUCUGAUUAUGAAAGACUGACUGUAGUCAUGUUCGCUUAAAAUCCUGCAAGCAACGCUGCGCCCUGCACCGCUCUGGCAUCACCGAGACGGCUAAUCCAACCACGCUGGCACCGAGAGGCCGAGUCACUGGUGACAAAUCCUUCUCCCCAGAGGACACAAGUCUGUUUCUGUCCUCACAGGUUAUUGUCUUUCCUCAGUGGCCGGCAAAAGGCUCGCCGUGUGGUUUAACGCUGAAACAAAAUAGGGAUCGCCACUGAAGAAACUGGUUUCUGUUUGUAGUAAUUUCAAACUUUCCGCCGUCCCGCUUCUCAUUAAACCGUCAGUGUGAUCAACCUCUUGUUUCUGUUUUAAUGUGAAAAGGUUUAGUCCAGGGGUGUUAAACAUGAGGCCUGUGGGCUCAAACUGGCCUGCAAGACGCUCCAGUCCGGCCUGCCAAGCCAUCAAGGGCAUAGAAAUUUCAAAGUGGACACAACACUGAGACUCUUGGAUCAUUGUGAGUGAAACUACUUUGAGCCCCAAAGCCAUUCCGUUCAGGCUGAGUUUAUAAAAACACUCAAAAUGCUGCAGCUUUUCAAUUUUUUUUUUUUAACAUUUCAAUAUAUUUUACAGUAUAAAUCAUUUUCAGUACUAAUGUGCCACAAAGUUAAAAUUUAAAGAUCAUUAUCCUGAUAUGACAUAUGAUAUCCUGAAUUAAAAUUUCAUUAUUUACUGUGGAGUUAAUGUUUCUAGAUAAAAUAAUACAUUUGCUUUUAAUUGAGCAUUUUCAGUCAUUCAUAUUAUCCACAAACAGAAGUCUUUGUAUUUUCUUGUUUGAUAGCUAUUUCUGUCACUUUAGUCCAAAGCAAGUUUCACAUUAGCUUGAUGCUUUUUAUUCCUCUGUUGUUUAAAUAUUAGAUUUGGUACAUUUGCAUUUAAUAUCACUCAUUUGAAAUGUAGAAUCAGCACAAACAUGCUGCAGCUGCAAUUGCUCAAGUAAAAUCACAUUUAUGCACAUUUAAGAUGGCAGCGCAGCGGUCUGCAGGAAAUCAACAGAGCAAAACUAAACCCUGCACAUGUCUUCACAUGCAUGUGUGUUUGUGCACAUCCACACACACUCCCGAUAAAGUACACACAGAAAUACAAUUAAAAGUGGAGAUUAAAACAUGCCUGAAAAAGCUUGGAUGAAGUAAUUAAAAACUGGGUAAAAAUAGCAAAUGAUUAAUGGUAAUUUAAAAGUAGCAGCAUAAUGAAACUCGGUGAGAUGGAAGGUAAAGUUUUAGAUGAAUGUAUUUAAAUCGUACAUACAUAGAGGAAAUGAGUAAAAUAUCACAGGUUAAAUGGAUUCAAAUGUCUGAUUUAAUUGUAAUAAAGCAGAAGUAAACCUAUGUUUAUCAUCGUGAAUGAAUGGAAAAGUUAAAGUACAAAAAUCACAAUUGAUCAGAAAAUAUUUCAGAAAAAAAAGGGAUUGCAAAGAUGUAGAAACCUAAUAGUUUUAUUAUGUGUCAUUGAGCUUAUAUUGCCCAGUGUGAAAGUGAGCCUACCUUUGGGUUUACUUCAGUGGUGUUCAGUGAUUCGUCUUAUGACAAUUAUUACUCAGCUUUUGUGAUGGUAUGGUAAUAUCAUUUUUAGAUAACCUUUAGUCGUGUCAGUAUUCAUAAAAGCAAAAAGUGUUGGAGGCGAUUAUUGAAGAUGUUUGCAGUGAUAAUGUGUAAACUUAAUAAAUUAUUUAAU